CACCUAACUUGAUUAUUAUCCGUCCAGCCCACUGGAACGCCCCUACACCGAGACACCGAUGAUACGCUGCUGACCUUAACCCUUGGCCUCCUUGCUCUCUGCCCCUCCUCCCCUCCCCUCUCCCGUCUUCUCCCUCCUCUCCCUCCGCCCUGAACAUGGCGCGACCGCGGAGUGCGUGUCUGUGGGCCACAGUCCAACUCUCACAUCUUUGGGCGAUCCCACGCGCGCGGCAACCGUACGGCGCCACUGCUACUGCCGUCGCGUCCACAUUAAGGAUUGCGCCCUGCCUCCAGCGACGCUCCUAUAGAUACUACUCGACCGACCGGGGGGCGGCUCAGCGAGGCGGCUCCAAGGUUUUCAAGUCCGCCGACGAGGCCAUUGCAGACGUUAAGGAUGGUGAUGUUAUCUUGAGCGCCGGUUUCGGGCUGUGUGGUGUAGCGGAAACGCUCAUUCAAGCCAUACACAAGAAGGGCAUCAAGGACCUGACGGCCGUCUCGAACAACGUCGGCGCGGCAGGGAAUGGCUUGUCCCGGCUCACUAGAGACGGCCGCCUGAGUCGCGUCAUCCUCUCCUACCUGGGAUCGAACAAGGAGCUCGAGAAGCAGUACCUAACGGGCCAGACUGCGGUGGAGCUGUGCCCGCAGGGUACCCUGGCCGAGAGGCUGCGCGCCGCCGGCGCUGGCAUCCCGGCCUUUUAUACGGCGACGGGUGGAAAGACCUUUGUCGAGACGGGUGAAAUUCCCAUACGUUUCACACCCGAAGCUGUGCUUGAGAAAGGCAAGCCGAGGGAGGCGCGGGUUUUCAACGGCCGAUCUUACAUCCUGGAGACGGCGCUCCCAGGCGACGUUGCCAUCCUGCGCGCCUGGAAGGUGGACGAGGCGGGCAACUGUGUUUUCAAAUACACAACCAAGACGUACGCCGGGCUCAUGGCCAAGGCGGCGCGCAUCGCUAUCGUCGAGGCCGAGAAUAUCGUGCCGAUUGGGUCCAUCGACCCCGACAGCGUCGACCUGCCUGGCAUCUUCAUUGACCGCAUCGUGCCGGCGACGGCGCCCAAGAACUUCGAAGUGCUAAAGCUGGCACCGCCCAAGGAGGACGCGGCGGCAGGCAAGCAGGGCGCGCCCCUCGACAACCGGAACCGGAUCGCGCGCCGCGCCGCUCGCGAGCUGCGCGACGGCUACUACGUCAACCUCGGCGUCGGCAUUCCGACGCUGGCCGUGUCGCACCUGGCGCCGGGCGCCCGCGUCUGGCUGCAGUCGGAGAACGGCAUCCUCGGGAUGGGCGCGUACCCGGCGACGGAGGCGGAGGCGGACCCGGACCUGAUCAACGCGGGCAAGGAGACGGUGACGCUGGUGCCGGGGGCGUCGACGUUCGACUCGGCCGAGUCGUUCGCCAUGAUCCGCGGCGGCCACGUGGACGUGUCGAUCCUCGGGGCCUUCCAGGUGUCGGCGUCGGGCGACCUGGCCAACUACAUGAUCCCGGGCAAGGUGUUCAAGGGCAUGGGCGGGGCGAUGGACCUGGUGUCGAACCCGGACCGGACCAAGAUCGUGGUGGCGACCGAGCACGUCGACAAGCAGGGCCGCAGCAAGGUCGUGCAGGAGUGCCGCCUGCCGCUCACCGGCCAGGGCGUCGUCAGCACCAUCAUCACCGAGCUCGCCGUCUUCCAGGUCGACCGCGUCCACGGCGGCCUGACCCUGACCGAGAUCGCCGAGGACACUGACCUCGACACCGUGCGCCAGAAGACCGAUGCUGAGUUCAAAGUCGCCGACAACCUCGGCUCGUUCUAAUUACUAGAUGCUAUUGCUCGUAGAUGGAUAGAUACUUGCGUGUGCAUGUAUGGGACCCGACAAGGCGAAGGACGGGCCAUGUAUUUAUUAUGUCGGGUUCCUUUUGCGUUCUCGGUACAUAGAAGCGGGUGGCCGAUGAGAAUUGCUAGAGGUAGGCAUCUUUGGGAAUAUCCGUCCUUGUACGUACACGCAUUGUCAUUGCCUACACAUCUAUCUCGUUUGGUUCGUUUUUCCCACCGGAGCAACUGUUUAGGAAAAGGGGAAUAAGGCGAGGAAAUACGCGAGGUAGCAAGCAGGUUAGAUACUUAGCAGGUAGAC